AGAAGGCCACCAAUGUCCCCUUCGUGCUCAUUGCUACUGGUACCGUCAUUAUUCUUUUGGGCACCUUUGGUUGUUUUGCUACCUGCCGAGCUUCUGCAUGGAUGCUAAAACUGUAUGCAAUGUUUCUGACUCUCAUUUUUUUGGUCGAACUGGUCGCUGCCAUCGUAGGAUUUGUUUUCAGACAUGAGAUUAAGAAUAGCUUUAAGAAUAAUUAUGAGAAGGCUUUGAAGCAGUAUAACUCUACAGGAGAUUAUAGAAGCCAUGCAGUAGACAAGAUCCAAAAUACGUUGCAUUGUUGUGGUGUCACCGAUUAUAGAGAUUGGACAGAUACUAAUUAUUACUCAGAAAAAGGAUUUCCUAAGAGUUGCUGUAAACUUGAAGAUUGUACUCCACAGAGAGAUGCAGACAAAGUAAACAAUGAAGUUGCUUGCUUCCAACUGAUUGGAAUCUUUCUCGCCUAGUGCCUCUCUCGUGCCAUAACAAAUAACCAGUAUGAGAUAGUGUAACCCAAUGUAUCUGCGGGCCUAUUCCUGUCUACCUAUAAGGACAUUUAGAGUCCCCCCUCUGAAUUAGAAAGUUGCCUGGCUGGAGAACUGACGACACUACUUACUGAUAGACCAAAAAACUACACCAGUAGGUUGAUUCAAUCAAGAUGUAUGUAGACCUAAAACUACACCAAUAGGCUGAUUCAAUCAAGAUCUGUGCUCGCAAUGGGCUGAUUCAAUCAAGAUGUGUUUGCUAUGUUCUAAGUCCACCUUCUGUCCCAUUCAUGUUAGAUCGUUGAAACCCUGUAUCCCUCUGAAACACUGGAAGAGC